CUCUGCCGCAUUGGCUAGGGUUUUCCAUUUUCACUCUUCAAAACGCACACCCACUUUCUCUUUAUCUUUCUCUUUAUCUUUUUCUCUUUCUUCAUAUUUCAAACUCAACCCGUUUCUUCUAUAUUCAUUCCAGCAAUACCCUUUUAAUCUAAUGGCUUUAUUCAAGCUCUAGAGGGUUCUUUGGUUGCUGUUUUUAAGCUUCAAAAAGAAAGGGUUUUUAGUACUGGUUUUGGAUCUGUUAUUCAAACAAAUGGCAACCAUGAACCCUUUUGAUCUUUUGGGUGAUGAUGAUUAUGAGGACCCGACUCAGCUUAUAGCAGCAGCUCAUCUCAAGGUGGUUGAGAAGCCUAAGAAGCCGUCUGCUCCUGCACAAGCUCAAGCUCAGCCUGUCAAGCCGGCUAAGCUUCCUACUAAGCCACCUCCUCCUGCUCAGGCUGUGAGGGAAGGAAAGAGUGAAGGUGGUCGUGGAGGGGGCAGAGGUGGUGGACGGGGCACUGGCCGUGGUCGUGGAGGUGGCAGAGGAUUUGAUCGGGAAUUGAAUAACAAUGAGACUACUUUUGGUGGAAACAAUGGAUUUUCUGGUGGGCACAAGCCAUCUGAAGAGGGAGAAGGUGGAAAGCCCUCGGAGAGGAGAAGCUAUGGUGGGCCUCGUGGUGGUUUUCGUGGGGGUCGCCGUGGUGGUUUUAGCAAUGGUGAAGCUGGUGAAGGUGAACGGCCCCGCAGGUUGUAUGACCGCCGCAGUGGUACUGGUCGUGGAAAUGAGUUCAAACGAGAAGGAGCUGGUCGUGGUAAUUGGGGAACUCCUGCUGAUGAAAUUGCUCCGGAAAUUGAGGAACCUUUAAUUGAAAAUGAAAAGAACAUUGGUAUUGAGAAGCCGUCAGGGGAGGAGGGUGCUGCAGAUGCCAACAAGGACAAUCCUAUGAAUGAGCUAGAAGAGAAGGAGCCUGAGGACAAGGAGAUGACUUUGGAAGAGUAUGAGAAACUACGUGAAGAAAGGAAGAAAAGUUUGUCUCUGUCAAAGGCUGAGGAAAGAAAGGUUGACGUGGAAAAAGAGUUUGGCACUAUGCUACAGCUUUCAAAUAAAAAAGGCAGUGAUGAAAUCUUUAUCAAAUUGGGUUCUGAGAAGGACAAAAGAAAGGAUGCUGCUGACAAGGAAGACAGAGCCAAAAAGGCUGUGAGCAUCAAUGAGUUCCUGAAGCCUGCUGAGGGGGAGAGAUACUUUGGUGGACGCGGUCGUGGACGUGGUCGUGGUUCUAGAGGUGGAUAUGGUCUGGGCAGCGCACGAGAUGUAGCAGCACCCUCAAUUGAAGACCGUGGUCAGUUCCCCACCUUGGGUGGCAAGUGAGAUCUUUCUGUGUCUCGCAUACCUGCAUUGGUUUUCCACUAUGGAAUUCCUUUGUGUUCUUCUGAAAGAGUCCGAGUCGAAGGUCAUCAGCAGGAAAAUUUAUUUCCUGAAUUAAAAAACCAUCUUUAACAUUUAGUCUUUUGGGUGUAAAUUUUAGAUAUUCCUCCAUGGGCGUAUCUCUGCCUGUGAUUCCUUCUCGACUUUAUGCAUGCAGACCUUCAACCCCCCUCCCCCCUCUCAUUUUUUUUUUUUUUUUUUUUUUAAUUAGGAGUAUGGCGUCAUUAUUAUGUCUUGGACUGAGUAGUGGCAUCAGUUUUGGUUUGUAGUAGGUCAACAGCACUUUGUAGUCUUUUAAAAUCUCUUUGCCUGUCAA